AUGGAAAUGGUAAACUUCAUAAACGAUUCAACAUUAAUUCAGACCGAAGUAUGGUUUGUUCCCUUCGAUAUUAUUGGCAUCAUAUCGACUUCAUUAUCUAUUAUAUUCGGUCUUUUAUAUUUAUUCAUUAUUAUAAAACAUAAAACAUAUUCAUCGGUACAAUUGCUUUUAGUAUGCAAUUCAUGUAUAGCUGUAAUUCUUUUCAGCUGUGUUUUACUCAAUAUGGCAAUAUUCACACUACAACAUGAUUUACAGAAGAGCAGUGAAAAUAAUACUUCAUUCUGUAUCAUCUUAGGUUUUUUAUCAUUUGUAACAGAUGGUCUGCAGAACUAUUCAUAUUUAUUAACAGCCGUUUAUCAGUAUAUCUCUGUAGUCUAUCCAAAUAAAAUUAUAUGGCGAACAGUUAAAACUCAAUUUUAUCUAAUAAUUGUAAUUUGGAUUGUCUGUAUUAUUGAUAUGGUCCCAGUGUUCGUGACUGGACAAAUAAGUUACAAUAUUGACAAUCAAAUUUGUCAAAUACCUCUUCGUCUAUCUGUAUCAGUAAUCUAUGUUGGAGCAAUGAUCUAUAUGAUACCUAAUUUUGGUAUUGUUGCUGUUUAUAUUAAAUUGACUCGAUAUGUUCAUCAGAUGAGUUUUCGUACUAUAUCAAAUAAUACUAUAUUUCAUGCUCGACGAGAACUAAGAUUGCUUAAACGUACUUUUAUUCUUAGUAAUACUCUUAUUGUAAUUGGUAUACCAUAUAUGAUAUUUAAUUAUAUGUCCUUUUUUACAAGUCCACCAAAGUAUUAUUUUCGUAUUGCCUACAUAUGUGUUGAUAUAUCUGUGUUAAUGGUUGUAAUAAUUGGAUAUUGUUUUACACCAAACAUCAAAACUAUUAUAGGAAAAAAAUUUACUCGAUCAACUCCAGUUGAACCAAUGACAAUAAGAUAUACAGCUAGAACAUAA